CGAAGAAGAAGCACUGCCAAAAUACUUGCUAAAUUGCGGAACGUUUAUGUUUUCAAGGAAAAAUAACAACAAAUAGCGAUUUUCAAAAGCCGCACCAUGUCGGAAGAAGCGGCCAGCACGUCGGCUUUCGGCUUCAAGAAGCGAAACAUCAACAAAGGUGCCGCCAUGCGCCGCAAAAAGGAAAGUAGCAGCAGUAACGACUCGGCAAAGAGCAGUGAUGAGGAGGCCCAAGGCAAGUCGACCGCAAUGGCACGGGCGGAGAACCGAAGAAAACGGACCAAUCCCAACUUCCAGAGCACCAAGACAUUGAACAAAGCGAAGCGUCUGGCGGGAGCACCCGACGGAGACUCGUCGUCAUCUGCCGCCGAGGACGACAAACUCGGAGUGGCUUACAAGUCGAAGCGCGAGGCCUUGCCCAGUGGCCCGCAGGAUCAGGGCGCCACGUCCAUCAACGAAAUGGACACAGAACUGGAUCGCGACGCCCAGGCCAUCCAUGCGCGCGCCUUGAAAAUCAACGAGGAUCUGGAGGGUAAGGCGGACGACAAGAUUUACCGCGGAAUCAACAACUACGCGCAGUACUACAAGAAGCAGGACACGGCGGCGGGAAAUGCCAGUUCCGGCAUGGUGCGAAGCGGCCCGAUUAGGGCUCCAGCUCACCUGCGGGCCACCGUGAGGUGGGAUUAUCAGCCGGAUAUCUGCAAGGACUACAAGGAAACGGGCUACUGUGGCUUCGGCGACAGCUGCAAGUUCCUGCACGAUCGCAGCGAUUACAAAGCUGGCUGGCAGCUCGAGAUGGAUCAUGAGAAUGAGCGGCGGGGUGAUGCCGACUCUGAUGGCGACGAUGGCAAAUAUGAGAUCCACUCUGACGAGGAAUCUCUGCCCUUUAAAUGCCACAUCUGUCGGCAGAGCUUCGUCAAUCCCGUGGUGACCAAAUGCAAGCAUUAUUUCUGUGAAAAGUGCGCCCUGGCCCAGUAUAAAAAGUCGCAGCGCUGCAUCAUCUGCUCGCAGCAGACAAAUGGUAUUUUUAAUCCCGCCAAAGAGCUAAUAGCUCGCCUGAAGACCAAUCCCAUGGAGAACUCUGAUAGCGAGGCGGAAGAAGAAGGAAGCAAAAACCAUGAGGAGGAGCCGGCUCAGGAGAUUUCCUCCGGCGACAGCGAUUAAAUAUAUUUCGAAAACGGCGGGUGCAGUUUUGUAGCCGCCAGCUUUAGUGCGGCAGCACAUUGCGCGUGUUCAAAGGGAGAUAAUUUAAGUUUUUGGGUAAGAAUGUUAAAUAUAAUUUUUUAAAUUACGUACAGAUUUUUUUGCAUUGGUACAGAAGGGGCUCCAACAUUUU